UGAAAGUGUCUGCCGAAUCAGCCGCCGUCGACGUCGCGCAUUAAUUAAACGCGUUUUAAACAAUAAACCCAAGCGAUUCCACAGGUUUUUUGCACAAGCGACCGCCCCAAACAAAUCACAUAAAAUGGCUGCUUCAAUGAGGGCGCUACUCAAAGUGCGGGAUGGCUUCGUCGCCGGCGUUCGCUGCAGCUCCCAAUACAACAAGACGCGUCCGAAUCUUAAGCUGAACGCCGAUUCGCGCGUCAUUUGCCAGGGCUUCACGGGCAAGCAGGGCACCUUCCACAGUCAACAGGCUCUGGAGUAUGGCACCAAACUGGUGGGUGGCAUUUCGCCCAAAAAGGGCGGUACUCAGCAUCUGGGACUGCCGGUUUUCGCAUCGGUGGCCGAGGCCAAGAAGGCAACGGAUCCACAUGCCACCGUUAUUUAUGUGCCACCACCCGGCGCCGCCGCUGCCAUAUUGGAGGCGCUCGAGGCCGAAAUACCUCUGAUUGUCUGCAUCACCGAGGGUGUGCCCCAGCACGACAUGGUGCGUGUAAAGCAUGCGCUCCUGCGUCAGGAAAAAUCUCGGCUGGUUGGACCCAAUUGCCCCGGCAUUAUUGCGCCCGAACAGUGCAAGAUUGGCAUUAUGCCCGGCCAUAUACACAAACGCGGCAAAAUUGGCGUCGUCUCUCGCUCCGGCACCCUGACCUAUGAGGCCGUGCAUCAGACUACCGAAGUGGGCCUGGGCCAGACGCUGUGCGUAGGCAUUGGUGGUGAUCCCUUCAAUGGCACAGACUUCAUCGAUUGCCUCGAUGUGUUCCUUAAGGAUCCUGACACCAAGGGUAUCAUCUUGAUUGGUGAAAUCGGUGGUGUGGCCGAGGAGAAGGCCGCUGACUACUUGACUGAGUACAACACGGGCAUCAAAGCCAAGCCUGUGGUCUCAUUUAUUGCUGGCGUUUCGGCGCCACCCGGCCGCCGUAUGGGUCACGCUGGUGCCAUUAUCUCAGGUGGCAAGGGCGGAGCUAACGACAAGAUUGCCGCGCUGGAGAAGGCUGGUGUGAUUGUGACCAGGAGUCCAGCCAAAAUGGGUCACGAACUGUACAAGGAGAUGAAGCGCUUGGAAUUAGUUUAGAUAAAGACAGACACACCAAGAAAUUGAACAAAACGAGUGUAUGGAGUUUAGAAUCAAGGUACCAAAAGUACGACUCAUAUGGGAGAUAUGCGAAGCAACUAAAUGAUUACCUAAUUAAGCAAAAAGUGUUUGGAAAGAAAAAGAAUGAAAAAUCGAAAACUAUUAUGUCGAAAUCGCAAAUAAAUUAUUGUAAAAAUCGCUUAUAUGAAA